AUGGCUCCUCUUCGACGUCAUAUCGGGGCCAGCCGCAGAAAGAGACGGGAGGAAGAUGGCGAAGAAGAGGGUUCAAUAGCCGGGGACAUAGGUGAUGAUUCCUUGAGUGAAGGCUCGGUCGACAGCCACCAAGAGGACGAAGAUGCAGACGGAGAAGUCAGUGAAGAGAGCGAGGACGAGGGUUCUACGUUGGGUAAGGCGGACAAGGUCAACGGUCGUGGGGUGGAAAAAUUUACACGGAACAACUCUGUAUCACCAGGAAAAAGAGGACUCAAAACAACGGUUUCGGAUACAGAAGCAAUGUUGAACGGCCUGAAGGUCUCCGACGCUGCGGAGGUUCAUUUCGACGAUCUAAAGGAACAACGGGAGCCUCACACUGGAAGAACGCCUUCUGCCCCUCCAACCGAACCAAAUCGAAACAAUUUGGCUUCUAGAAAGCGCCGCGAGAAUGACAAGUAUAUCAAGGAACGAGAGCAGAACCCAGCCUUCGUCCCCACUCGCGGCAGCUUUUUCCUUCAUGACAAGCGAUCUACCGACAACGGUCACCGGCUUAAGAGCAAGUCUCGUCCCUACGGCCUGAUCGUAGACGGCAGUUCCCGUCGAUCUUCCAAGCCUGAUGCCAGCGGAGGACAGUGGGCACAUGACCUCCACGAUACCGUAGCCGGCGAGGAUCGACCUGCAGCAAAACGCCCAACACCAUCCGCAAUGCCUGAUCCUGGCGCAUCCGUCCCCACGGCCCCGAGAUCUUCCCCGCCCAACCGGUCCUUCUCUAGCACAACGUUAGUUGGGAAUGUACCUGUUGUUGUUUCCUUGCCCGGCAUGGCUAAUCCCAUCCAUUUCCCUUCCGUGCCUAAGAAACUCCACACCCGGCUACCUCAACAUCGACCCCCUUUGCGACGCGACAAACCGGUGCGAAUUUCUCUUCCCAGCCAACCGCCGCGAUACAUAUUCCCCUCGGUUGAGCGUUCCUUUAUCUUCAUUCCCCGGGCGUUGCGGCCGAACCAAGUCUCACGCGGCCGAGGUGGUCGCGGUGGCGGCUGGUACAGUGGACGACGUCCCAGCUACUACCCCAACUCCUCUUACACACCGAGCGUUGUCAGCCGCCGAUCUUCGUUUGGCAUGCCACCUUCUCAGGAUGGAUGGCCAUCACCUGCUGGUUCUGUCUACUCCAGACCCACGAUUUUCACCGAUGCUAAGCCCGUUGUCCGCCUUCCCCCUCCACCUCGUCCCCCUGUAGGGAUCCCAGGAUUUGGGCCUGCGAUGGCUAUGUCCCUUCCUCACCCGGCCUAUCGCGAAAGCCGUCCCGCCCCGAUCCCUAUGCACCAACCUCGUCCUCAGAAAACUGUCUCUGUUGCGGACAUUGAAAGUCCUGCGACCUUCCCGUUCGCAUUCAACCCGCCUCAGCCUCAGCAUGAGCAGCCUUUCCACCAUCAGGUCCCUCUUCCAGUCCAUGGCCCACCCAGCCAGCCUGCGGCCACUCCGCUUUCCCAAAUUCCGGAGCGCGCGAUCCAUGCACCACCCUUUCAACCUUACAAUUACCCUCAGCCUGGCUUCUACCCUCCAAGUUAUCCUUCAGGUGGCAUAUACUACCCGACUUCAGGUCCCGAUUUCACGGGUUACAAUGGACCCGUAGGCCCCGAGGCCUCUACGCCAAACUUCCAGGGCCAAGCAAUGCCCUAUUCAGCCGGGGAGCAGCCCCCUCAACCGGGUACCGUUGCUCAUGAGUCUGGUGGCACCGUCUACUUUUACGAUGCCAAUCAUAUGUACGGCGGCCCCGCACCACCCGCACCAGGGUCCGGGCCUGGGGGUGUUGUUGGCAUAGGUGGGAUGAUGACACCGCCAGGCACGACCUUUUACUACCCUCAACAAUCCAGUCAAUAUUAUGGGCAGUGA